AUGCAUGGCCCCACGCCGCCGAACAGGCCGCGCGGCACGUCGGAUGGCGGCAAGACGUGUGCUGUCUGCGAGAAGCCAUCGACCACGCGAUGCUCAAAGUGCAAGGAGGUGAUGUACUGCUCGGUUGAAUGCCAGAGGCUCGAUUGGAAGGCGGGCCACAAGCAGGUGUGCUGCAGCGGCACCAGCGCCAGCGCGCUGGCCGCAAAGUCGGCGGCCGCGGCGGCGCUUCCACCUCCGUGGGAGCCGUUCAAGCCCGACCCCGAGGUGGAGGCGCUGAUUGACGAGGGCGCGGCCGCGCCCGUGACGGGGAUGGCCAACGUGGGCAACACGUGCUUCCUCAACGUCGUCGUGCAGUGCCUCUUCCACGGCCCGCUCUGGCACUACAUGCAGCGCGGCCUGCCGCGGCACAAGCCGCCGGCGGAGCACGAGCAGGGUUGCGGCGAGCCGGACUGCGUGAUCUGCGAGCUCAACGAGCUGGUCAGGAUGUACGCCAACCCGGGCGCGCGCAAGUGGAUCGCGCCGCGCUCGGUCGUGCGGAAGACUUUGUCCGCGUGCGCCGGCAUCGGGGUGGACUUUGGUCGGAUGCACGACUCGCACGAGUUCGCCAUCGCGGGCAUCAUCAACCGGCUGCUCAACGCCAACCUGCGCGGUGCGCCCGAGGCGAGCGGCAGCGACGAGUACGACUGCCUCGAGUGCCAGACGCUGCAGCACCACCUCUUCGGGGCUCUGCGCGCGCCGCUCCGCGAGAAGAUGAGCCGAGGCCGGAGGGACGGGGCGGGCUGA